AUGGAGUCAGGAGUAAUUCAAGAGAAGUCACCUCCUGCACGUGGCUUAAAACAAGUAAAGGUGGAUAAUUGGGGAUCGUUCUUUAUGCAACGUCUUCAGACUCUUUACUCGGAGGAACAACUUCUUGAUCUUAAAAUUAAAUUUCCUACCAGUGAUAUUAUUGUACAGGCUCAUCGGCUUGUAGUGACGACAUGUACAGAUUAUUUUAUACAACUUGAAGGAGAGCAGAAAGAAAAAGAUGAAAACUUUAACGGUGUAGUCGUUAUGCCUUCAGAUAUGCCUUAUGAAUGCGUUAAGUCUAUUAUAAGCUUCAUGUACACUGGACAAUUGGAAUAUUGGACGUCAGAACAACAUGCUCUAUAUCGUACAGCUCAAAAAAUGAAUAUGACAGUUUUAACAAAAUUGCUUGACGCUCAAUUCAACACGAGUAAAAUGCAAGAGGAAGCCAAAAUCCCCAUGCGUCCGGUGGUAGCCGUCUCGAAACCUUCAACUCCAACUACAAAAGCAAUUGCUGGCUCCACCAGUUUGGCAUCAACUAUAUCUGGGCAGCCAUUGCCAGGUAAAAAACUUCCUAUAUGGAAAAGAAAGCUGGAUGAAUCUCCACCUAUGCCAGCCAUGAAUUAUGAAGUACGAACAUUCCACAGUACCUCUUCGAUACAUAAACCUCAAGAGACGACUCCUGGCCCAUCCAGAUUUGAUCUUCCAGAAGCAGAUGAGAUUGCUCUGGGAGUAUUUUCUUCAUUUGAUGACAUUACAUAUAAUACAAAGCCUAUUGUUCAAGCAUCUGAUACAUACAAGAAAGGAAAUGCCUCUCUUAAACGUUCUCCUGACAGAGAUAGCAAAAAUGAUACAACUGAAGAUGAGGAAGAAGAGAAUCCGGAGAGUGAGAAGAAUUUGAGAGAUGCAAAUUCUGAUGAUGAUUGGAAUAUAUCGAAGAAUUACCAGAGAUCCCCAGAUGGGCCAUCUAAACGAGUGCGUUUUGAUCUGGAAGAAAAAGAGAAUGUGGAAAAACCUAAGACAAAUGUUCAUUCAACUACUACCGAUGAUUCUAUCAACAAUCACGCAAAGAUUAUUAGAGAAGUAUUAAAAAAAUAUCCCCAUCUAGUAAAAAACAAUAAGAAUAUCCGCUUAAAGAUCAUGCAAAAGGAAACGAAAUCUUCCGACAGUAAUACUGCAUGCAGAACAAAAGUAUCUUAUGUAGUUUUAAAAUCCGACCAUUUAUUGGCCAAUAGUGAUGAAAAUGAUUCCAAAUGUAAUGGUAGUAUUGAUGGCGAAACAGGUCCCUGGAAAUGUAACAAAUGUGACUUGGAUGAGGAAUAUACAAAUUAUUAUAUGUAUAGAAGACACAUGCAGGAUGUGCAUGAAGAGAAAUUUGAUCCAAGAGUUUGCGAGCACUGCGGUUAUAAAGCGACUAAGCGCAAUAUUCUGAUGUAUCACCUUUAUACGAAGCACAAUGUACCGCCACCAAAGAGCAUGUGCUUUCCAAAGUGCCAGGCCUGUUCAUAUGUCGCCUUGUCAGAAACUCUGUUAGUUCGUCACCAGAUAAAUCAUAAUCAUCGGCCUGCUAGUCGAACUCACUCUCUACCUUCGGAGGAUAUUCAAUGCAGUCAAUGCAAUCUGUCAUUCAGGAGUAUCACUGAUCUCACGACUCAUGAAUUAAACAGUGGACAUGGAAGUAUGGGAGAUGGCAAAGAGACAAAAGGUCAUCGUUGUCCAUAUUGCGGUAAAGUAUUUGUGCGUGUGACAAACUUGCAAGUACAUCUGGAUUGUGCGCAUAAAGAAUUACAAAGAGAUACCGCCGAAUCUCCUCAAUCUGUACCACCACUAGAACCAUCGUCCGAAGCUGAGGCUCUCAGCCAUGUUGCAAGCGGCAUAGCCGCUUCUCUCGCUGUCGGAGAUACAGAAACUACUUCGGAAACGCAGGAGGAAGAAGGAGAGAUGAAAACCGCAAAUGAUAAUCAGUAUAUUGUGCCAGAUGUGUUGGAAGAUAUGGCGCAUAUCAAUUACAACGAGCACGAAUUGGAGAGCCAACAUAUGAUCAUGUUGGUUAACAAUGACGAAAAUUAUCAGCAUGAUGAGAACAAUCAUCAUCAACAGCCACAGCAAUUGGAUAUUGCCGAUAAUGAGCAGAUUGUAAUGCAAGGUACAGAUGAUGGCAUGAUCGUGUACAUUCAUGGCGCGGAAGAGACCGACCAUCGAUCCUAUGAGACUUAUCAGCCCGCUGAGAUUACACAAGAGACAGAAGAAAUAGUAGAGGAGGUUGUCGAAGAGGUCGAAGAAGUCGAAGAAGUCGAGGAAGUCGAGGAGGAAGUUAUGGAAGAAGAUGAGAUACAGCAAAUGCCUCAAGAAAUGUUAGAGGAUUGUGCUGAUAAUCAAGUGGAAGAAGUGAUACAAUAUGUUGAAGAACAAACAGAAAUAGUAGAAUAUGAUGAAGAACAAUGCAGUGAACAGAGCAAUAGUAUGGAUGAGCACCAAGAAUCCGUCAUGAUUAUCGAGGAGGAGCAUGUAGAAGGUGAAGAAGACAUGGGAGACACAACUGAUAAGCAGCAUGAGAAAAUGCAAACUUUUACCACUGAAUGGGACGAAGAUAGCGCGGGGCUUACAGAAUCAUGAAUACUGUAACAUUGUGGUUUUUUUUUUUAUUUGCUUGUAAUACGUUAUUAACUUUCACCGUGGCGUUAUAGUUUUAUUUUAAAGUAAUACUCUUUAAUGGAAAUUUAUAUUUUAUAUUUUACUUUUGUAAGGUAUAGAUAAUGGACGCGAUGAUUAAUGCAGCGAACGUAGCGCAGCCAUACCGAUUUUGCCACACGAUAUAUUUAGCAGAAAAGCCCUGAAAUUAAUCAAAUUAUUACUUUAAUAACAGAAAGAAAAGAUAUUAUUGAAGAUAUAUAAGCUUAUGAAAUAUGAAGUCUAUCAUUGCACCAACACAUUGAUUGUUUUGCUGAAAUUUUAACAUAAGCUAAUAUUUAAAUAUUUUAGCAAUACAAAAGCAUAAAUCACAAUUAUUCUUUUUGCAAUAGCACUUUUUAAAAUUUGAGAUAAGAAUCUAUAAUCUUUGAACUUGCAGUUUAAUUUCUUUCUUUUAGGUAUAGAUAUGUUCAUAUGUCGUAUAAAAUACAUGUAUAAAAAUACAUGUUAAUUUUAUUAAUUAAAAUUAUAGAUUUAUUUCAUGAGAAUAUAUAUUAGAUAUACCAAAGUAUAUUGGUGACCAAUCUCGUAGUUUCUCUUAAUAUUAUUCUGCAAAAUAAAAGUAUAUCACAUUUAAAAGGAUUCUUGUGAACGCGAAUGUUCCUUCCAAAUUCCGCCUGUAAUCUUUUAUAUCGCAAUCUCGAUAAUAAACUAUGAUUUUUUUACAAGAGGUAAAGGCUAUAAUAAGAGUAAAAGUCUCAGGUUAGAUACAUGAUGUUUCACAUUUUGAAAUGGCACGAUUUUAUGGAAAAAGAUAAAUAAAUGCAAUAUAUUAUAAAUC